CAACAUUUCAUACUUUUUCUUUUAACAAUUUCAUCUUAGAAAAUGGCUUCUAAAUUUUCAUCAACAUUGCUUCUUCUUCUUUCAAUACUAAUGAGUAUCCAAUUACUAGUCUCAGCUGGUAAUUUCUACAAAGAUGUAGACAUUACUUGGGGCGAAGGACGCGGUAAAAUACAAGAAGGCGGUAGAGGUCUCGCCCUCUCUCUUGAUAAACUUUCUGGCUCUGGCUUUCAAUCCAAAAAUGAGUUUCUUUUUGGAAGGUUCGAUAUGCAAAUUAAACUUGUCCCUGCAAACUCUGCUGGCACUGUCACAACUUUUUUCUUAUCUUCACAAGGAGAAGGACAUGAUGAAAUCGAUUUCGAGUUCUUGGGCAAUGUCUCUGGCCAGCCUUACACUAUCCAUACCAAUGUAUACACACAAGGAAAAGGAAACAAAGAACAACAAUUCCAUCUUUGGUUUGAUCCAACUGCCGCGUUUCACACUUACACCAUUGUCUGGAACCCUCAUCGCAUAGUGUUCUUAGUAGAUAACAGUCCAAUUAGAGUGUUCAACAACCACGAAAGCAUCGGAAUUCCAUUUCCAAAGAGUCAAGCAAUGAAAGUAUACUGCAGUUUGUGGAAUGCAGAUGAAUGGGCAACACAAGGAGGCAGAGUGAAAACAGAUUGGGCACUUGCACCUUUCACUGCUUAUUACAGAAACAUCAACAUUGAUGGUUGUGCAGUAUCAUCAGGUACUUCUUCAUGUAAGUCUAUCGGUUCAACAAACAACGCGAAGCCAUGGCAGACACAUGAACUUGAUGGUAAGGGACGGAAUAGGCUCCGGUGGGUGCAGAGCAAGCACAUGGUUUACAAUUACUGUGCUGAUUCUAAGAGGUUUCCUCAAGGCUUUUCUGCUGAAUGCAAGAGUUCAAGAUUUUAAUAAAUGAGAUGAGUGAAAUUCUUUAUUCUUUUGUACCAAUAAAAGGUUUUUGUUGGCUACUUAUUUUGUUGUUGUGUAAUUGGAAUUCAUGUUUGCCCUUUUGUUAUCUUAAAUAGAACAACUUUGACAUUUUUUGUUCAACUUUUGGUUCAUUCA